GAACGCACGUGGUAUGUGGUACGUGUAGAGCUGACUGUUUAGGAGACUGAUAAGCAAAGGUUAUCCACAGCCUUGUUACUGUCAGGUGCUUUUGAAUACUCCGUGCUACUGAAAAUGUGCUUAAGUGGUCUUGAUGACAUUUUGAGUUUUGCAAAUGCAUUUGGUCUCAUUUGCAUGGUGGUACAGAAGUGUAGGAGUUUCUAAGCUAAGUAAUACUUGGCUCUUCUAAUGUGGUGAAUUUAUGAUACUUUACAACAGAAACUUCUGUUUUGUUUCUGAAGGUGGCACCUUGGGGUCAUAGCAGCUGCUUGUGUUAAAAUCCCCUAGUAGUUUAGUCAUGUUACCAGAAAGAUUAUUAUUCUUAUUUUUUUUUUCUUUUUUUUUUUUUUGUUCUUUAAAUAGUGAUGUCUUUUCCUGCUGUUGUGGUUGUCAUAAAGUAUAGGAAAAAUCCACUGCAGUCUUUGACUCCAUAGAAAAUAUGGUUCACAAGGGUAGCUGUCGAUAAAAAGAGACUUUGCCACAGGAACUUGAAUUUGAUUUCCUCUUUUUGUGAGUAGUAGAUCUUAGCCUAUGGUUUACUCUGAUCCAACUCUUACAAUUCUCUGUGUAAAGUCAGUUAAGUGUAUAGAAUUAUUUUUCAUUUAAACAGCUCUGAAAUGAUAAUUGAUUUUCAAAAAAAGCUUUUAGAUGAGUUCUCCUUAGUUGCUGAGCACACAGACAUAGUAUGUGUUGUUGAAUGUGACUUCCAGGGCUGAAACUGAUUUUAAAAAAAUGUUACCCUGAUCUUACAGUGUUACUACGUAUUAGUCUUUGAUGCUCUAUUGGGUUUUGUUUUACAGUGUGGUUUACACAAAACCAUAUGCAGUGUAUUAACUGAACUGCUUGUAAGGGCUAAGAUUUGUCUUCAGAUUGCUUAUUUCAUCUUUCCCAGUGUACGUAAUGGGGAUCAGAGAGGGACAGAUAGAAUUUCCAUAGUGGCAACGGAAAUUGAUCAUAGCACCCUAGUUACUUUGUUAAUCGUGAGGGUUUUUUUUCUUUCUAGUUUUGAAUUCUUUCAGUUUUCAGUAUGGGUAUCACGUGAAAAAAGAGGUGGUCUGUGGCUUAUCUGUGCCUUCAGAGUUAACUACUUGGCAUAUUGAAGGUUGGAAUUUUUUCUUUUGAGCGGUUCUUUGACCGUGGAGAGUGUGGGGGAGGAACCCUUCAAACCCUGGUAACUCAGUGGAAUCACUUAAAGUGGUGCUAAUAAAUAAGGCAAUCUACACGUUCCUGAAUUUGAAGGUAACUAAUAUGUAAAAAUAACUACGUUGUUUUGGUUUUUUUAAACUUUGAAAUGGAUACCUGGUAAGUGUUUCUGUAUUUAGUUUGUUGUUGUUUUCACUGUUUUGUCUACAGUGUGUGGUUACACUAUCUCUUAAAUCUCAAAAUGCUUCCUUUAAAAUGUCUUCAGACAUUUGGGCAGGAGACUGAGUGGUGGGUUGCUGGAAAGAGAUCAGGGCUUUAGACUUCAAUUGCAGUGGAACUUAAUCUCUUAUUACCAGAAACCCUUGAAAUACAGACUUCUUAUCAGCGAGCUGAUGACUCUUGUUUCACUUCCUAUGGAAUUCACAGGCUUGUAUUAAGAAUUCCUUACGUCGAAAUGGAUAUAGUUACAACUGAAGGCCAGAGACGUGCUGUAGCAGAUACAGACUUCAUGUCAUGUUGGCCUCCUGUUUAAAAGAAGGAAGGCUGGCAGUUUUAAAGGGACACCGAGAAAGUGAUGACCAAGUGCCAAGUACCAGCUGUCCUUAUUCACCAGAUUGAAGAAGAAUUGGAUAAAGAAGAAGAUGAGAUGAUGAUUUUCCUGUGCCGAGACCUUGCCCCUGACUUGGCUACUGCUGGCCUUAGAGAGCUUUUGGUGGCUUUGAAUGACAGGGAUAAACUAUCUCUUCUUGGUUUGUCUGAGCUGUUGUACAGAGUUAAGAGGUUUGAUUUGCUGAGGAGGAUCUUGAAGACUGAGAAGACAACAGUGGAAGCUAACCUUAGCAGGAAUCCCAGACUUGUCCCUGAUUACAGGGUACUAAUGGUGGAGAUUAAUGAGAAUCUGGAAAAAGAAGAAGUGAGUUCUCUUGUUUUUCUACUCAGAGAUUUUGCUCCUCGAAUGAAAAUGGCAAAAGAUAAGAGUUUUCUACGUCUGGUUAUUGAACUGGAGAAACUGAAUUUGGUGGCUCCAAAUCAGCUGGAUUUGAUAGAAAACUGUUUCCGAAAUAUUCACAGGAUAGACCUGAUUAAGAAGAUUGAGAAGUAUAAGCAAGAAGCUUUCAUGUCCUCCGUUCAUUCUCAGCCUGUGUAUGUAAAUGCCCUUCAGGCAUCUCUCCCUAAUCUCAGUCUGAUUGAUCCUCCUUACAAUUCAGGGUUUCAGAAUGUGAACAAAGAAAAAUCACAAAAUGGAGAAAUCUUCUUUCAAGAAGAACCAGUCCACAUGUCUAUUCAAGAAUCGGGACCAGCAUCACAUAAGUUUCCUCAUGUGUACAGAAUGCAAAGUCACCCUUUGGGGGUAUGCCUGAUUAUAGACUGUAUUGGUAAUGACACAGACAUGUUGGAAGAGACUUUCAGAGGCUUGGACUAUGAUGUUCAUUGUCACAAGCACUUAAAUAUGACUACCAUGAGUGAAACAUUGCUUGAAGUUGCAAGGUUACAGAAGCACAGGAGUUGUGACAGCUUCAUAUGCAUAUUGGUCAGCCGUGGAAAUGCUCAGAGCAUCUUCUGUACAGACCGCGUCUCUACUGGAUUCCCUUUGGAGCAAAUAAAGAAAUACUUUAUGGCAGAUUCAUGUCCUGAACUCCGAGGAAAACCAAAGCUUUUCUUUAUUCAGAGCUACAUUGUGCCAGAAGAUGAGCAAGAAUUUACUAGUCUGGAAAUAGAUGGAAAUGAUAAGAAAAUCAUCUCUAAUGCAAAAAUGCCCUUGAAAGACACUAUUCCCCAGGUAGCAGAUGUCUUUUGGAGUCAGUGCAAGGUGGAUGUGUCUACACUAGAAAAAUCUCCAGUCCCAUCCUCAUAUUAUCUGCGUUGUCUGGCUGAGCUGCUCCGCAAUCCUCAUAAAAGGAAGCUCUCUAUAUUAGAUAUCCAUACGGAACUGAACAAAAGAGUCUAUGAUUGGAAUCAGACCACUGACCCAAGCCAGCAAUACUCACUUCUGCUCCAGCACACACUGAGGAAAAAACUUUUUCUUUCUCCCAGUUAACUGCUAUUGGAAAGGACAUGUCUGAAGUAGCUGAGGAGUGCUUCCUCUGACUCAGUUUCAACCACGCUUUUACUUAGACUUUAUUACUGCACAUGUGCCUAUUGCUUCCAAACACAGGUAUUUAGAAGCAUUUUAGGUUGUUUAGGCACUAUAGAUUUUAAUAUGAAAGACUGAAAGCCUGGAUAGUAACAGCAGCUGUUGUAUAGAACGGCAACACAUCUUACAAGCAAGUGCAACAGGUAAACAGUGGGGAAAGAAUUCUAAACUGUAUGGUUGUUGGAUUUUCCAGGGUUCUGUGGUUUUUUUUUUUGAUUGGUUGUUUGUAUUUUAGUGAUCUUGAUGUGAAUGCACUGAACUAGGCUUUUCUUUUGCUGCUUAAAAAAAAAGACAGGCCAGCACAAAUCAUUGAAAUCUAGAAUGUAAACCAUUAAAAUUCACUGAGUACUUUCUCAUCACUUAAAACAUGUCAGGAGAAGAUGCUUACUCAGCAUGCCUCCACAGAAUUAAACAAAACAGAAGUAAGAGAGGGAUGGUGUUUUUAAAUAAUUUUGAUUCCAUCUGCCUUGUAUAUUGGAAGUUCUAAUUCACCCAGAACUCGUACUGUCAGUACUAUCCAUAGCACACCAGGGAUUGUAUGCUAAUAAAUCAGGCAGUCUGGCAUGUUUUGUGCUGUGUUCACCACUGAUGCAAAAAUGACUACAAGUGGCAGCGCUUUGUAGUAGUCUGUGCAAAUUAUAAAUAAGUAGUGGGAUUUUGGCAGGUGUUCCAGGGAUGCUGAAAUGCACUUCACUGUGUGGUACCAGGCAAAGUAUAAGUAUGCUGUUUAACACAUUUGAACCAAAUGUAGCAACCACUGCUUCUUAAGACCAGAUAAAAUUAAUCCAACACCUUCCCACACAUACCUCUUUUGAAUAUGAAAAAGGUUUAUCAGUUUACUAACUGGUUUUGUUUUGUUUUGUUUUAAGUUUCUCUAAUCUGUCAAGAAAAGGCAGUAGUGAAAGUUGUAGCUUUUUUUCCCCUCCAAUACAACAUAUAACUAACAUAGAAAGUUCAGCUGACCUGCUUGUUAUGUAACAGUAUAAUCUGGAGGACUUAUAUUGAAAUUUAAUGAGUUUAUUGCAUUCUCUUCCCUCCUUAUAUAGUCUACUUGCAAACUUUUAAUACUGCUAUAGUUUCCUGAUCAGGAAAAAAUGCUUUUUCAUUCCUCAGUAUUAUGUUGUACUUCUAGAUGUUGGAUUGACAUUGUUUUUGGUAACCCCAAGUUUUAUUUUUUCUUGUAAAACAAUCUUUUUAUAUAUUAACUCAGAUAAAUCGCAAAUGAGUUUUCAAGUAGCUUCUAUAAUUGUAAGUAAAGUCACGUCUAUCUGGUGUAGUAGAUGUCUAACUCCAUUAAGCUCACAGAAGUCCUUCCUUGUUACGUGGUAUAGGUCCAGUUUCUUCCUGGCUUGAGAGGUUCCUAAACUGCUGAUUGAGGAGAAAUCCACUGAACAGGUUUUGCCUUACAGUCUUUUCUUAGCCAUCUAUAUGUGAUGUUAAGAUCACAAUAUCUAUUUAUUUAUAUUAAUAUACAAUUUUAUGUAAUAUAUAUAAAGUACAUUUUAUAUCAUUAACUGAAGUCUUCAGUUAUGCCUUUUUAAUUUUGUAAAUUUAAAAAAUUUGUUUUUGUAUCUUUUUUGUGUUAACUGUAGAAAAUGAAAUACAAAAUUGUGAUGAAGAAUGUUUGCACAAAUUAGAAAAAUAUUUUGCUACAUUACAGACCUAUGUGUAACAUACUUCUAUCUUUUCACUUAAUAAGGUAGUUUCCCUUUAAAAAAAAAAUGAAAACUUUUUCUAAUAGCUUUGAAUUGAAAAAUGUGACUCCUAAUUGUAUCUUAAAUUAGGGGUAUGUGUAUUGUCAGUGUUACUGUAAUUUUAUGUAGGUCCAGGUAUAGGAAGACAAAGAUAGUAACAACUUGUUCUCAGUAAGCAUUAAUGUAAAAAAAUACAAAAUUGAAUUUCAUUAUGUUGUAGGUCUGGAAAUAAAUGCAUUUAUACUUUCGAGUGGGAAGGUCAAUUCUUCCUUUCAGUUUCUACAUUAUAAGAAAGGGCCUGUCAAACUGGCUCUUUUCAUACACUAAUUGCAUAUUGCUUCUGUCUUUAAUGAUAGAUAAUGUCUUUAAAAAUAUGAUCUGAUAUAUUUCACACACAAAAGUAGAAAGCUUCAGAGUCUUGCAUUAACAGAAGGAUCUAUGUUGUAUGUGAUGGUUAAUAAAAAUAGCCUUACUUUUGACUCUGAAUAUUUCAUAACUGACUAGCUUACAAUAAAAUAUAGCACAAGUGUAAUUUUGAACUUCCACCUUGCUGAUGUUCCUUCCAUAGGGUGACAGAAGGAUUAUAAAAUGACAAAUUUGGAGUCUUACUAGUUCCUAUUGCGACUGGUAAGGGAAGCAAAUGGUGUGGCAAAAAAUAUAGACUCUUCUGUGGCUCUGUAAAUCAGGUUUGAUUCAUAAUUGCAUAUAUAAGUAUGUGAUCUUAAUAAAUGCCAUUCCUUCACAAAUUAACUUAAUCAUUCUCCCAUUUUCCUUACUAGCUUUUACAUGUGAUGAGUACUUCUGCUGCCAUAUAGACACCAAAUGCAGGGAAAACGGAACCAAGAGAGGGCAGAGAGAUGAGGGAAAGAAAUAGUGAAAAUUCAAGCAGAAAUGAAAAGGGAAGUGGUAGGGAAGAACCAAGAGAAGAACACAUAAAGAAAAGAAGAUAUGGAGAUGUACAACAUCGAUAUCGGAAGGAGGAAGGAGAAAAGAUAGGAAGUAAGAAUAACAGUGGAUAUUAUUAAGAGAUCUGAAAACUUUUUUUUGAGUGAUGCUAAGUCCAACUAUUUAUUAGAAUGUUAGCAAUAGGAUAUAUUCUGUUUCUUACGAGUUUGUGACAUGGGUUUGUGUUGAAGGUUGAGGUGUACUCUGUGCUGUAGUGUAAUCUGUAUUCCCUUUCUUAGGAAAUAAAGGAAGAAGCACUGUUUUGAAAACAGUGGAGAUACCUGUAAAUAACCCUUGUAGUAAAGAAAGGAAAGGAGUUGCUUUGUGUUUGGCUGCUUAGAUCAGAAUUGAUCGCAGUCCUCUAAUGACCAGGGUGUUUGGGGGGACAUGUCCUGUGUCGAGCAGCAUUCAUGGGCAUCAGAUACUGGAUUUCUACCCUGAAGCCUUGACCCUCUGCAGAUUCUUAACUGACACUAGUACUCAUUCUGGAGUCAUUCAUCUAAGCAGCAUUUAUUGCCUUUGCUUCUCCUUCAGGAAUCAAGAGUUUGAUUUCCUGGACUGAUGUGCAGGAAUUUUGCAGUGGCAGAAGUUGUCUGUAACCUCUCCAGUAGAUUUUUGUGCCCCUCCAUGUAUGUGGUAGGGACUACUUAUUCUUGCUGCAUUGUCCAUCUAAAAUUUGAGUCUGGAAAUUGAAUGCUGGGAUCAAGCCCUACAUGCGUUUGACAUGGUCUAGUUGAAUUCCAUUCAGCAGCUAGGAGAAAAGAGGGAGAACAAUUCUGGAUCCAUCAUAACUGUGUUAACAUAGGACCAUAGAAAGUGGCAGGUGCUGGUAGAGUUUAAUGGGCUGCCAAAACAUACAGUUUUCUGAACCUGCUGUUGAACAAGGAUAUGCAAGCUGUACCUCCUGCUUCUGCAUUGUUCCUGCUCAGAGCAAGGCUGUUGGACUCAUGGCUCCAUGGCAUAGCUUCAGUUCUGGUUUCUGAGAGCUGAAAAACAAAUGUAGUGUACUUCUGUAUGUGUUGUAUAUAUGGAAUGGGGAAAAGAAUUGUCAAAUGUAGAUGAUGCUUUCCCAUUGGCUCAGAAGAUGUAACUCUGCAGCAGGAGAUUCUUUGGUGUUUUACUCCAGUCUUAAUUAGCAUGAUUUUUCUGAGCUUUAUAUCUAGUUUACUUUAAAUCUAGUUUACUUUAUACCAUUAUCUAUUUGUGUCCUGAAUUACAAUCAGUGCCAGCUCAUGAUUCGGAAGUUGCAUUGAAGAGGAACUUUACAGUGCUCGCAGUUGAUGCCCUACUCUGUCUGAUACCUCUUCAACUCUGUAGUUGAAGAAGUAACAGUGAUUCCUGUUACGUAUGGUUGAGUCAGAGAAUCUUUACAUGAUGCUUCCUGAGAAUGUUUUUGUGAUACGCACGGCUUUUAAUUUCUGACACGCAGCACGAUGUUGCUGAGAAGAUGCUGGCUGUGGCGGAUGAUGUGCAGCCUGUCUGCUGUGUAUGUGAUUAUGUUCCAUUUAAACUGUAUCAUCUAAAUUAUUUGACAGCUCUGUAGCUAUUACUGAAGGAUGUUUUCUCAGUUUCUGUGUUAGUCAAAAAGAAGUUGAAAGUGUUUCUGGGCGUUUUCAGGAUUGUGCCUCUUUGUGUGCAUUAUUUUUUCAUUUGUGUCACUCUGAGAAUGUAUUUUCAGUUUUUAACUUAUAUAAAUAAUGUCAAAAUAAA